AACGCAUCGAGUUGAUGUGAGGAAUCAUUAAGUGUUGCAACGGCCAUGGCAGCGACGAGUUCCAGGAGGAGAGGCCGAGGCGCAUGCCUCAGCUUCGGGAUUGUGCUGGCGCUCUUCCUACGGUGGCCGAGCACGGAGUCCCCAUUUGCCAUCCACGACUUUGCCAGAGGAGCUCGGCUGGAGGUGAGACCACGCCCUUUGCAUGAUGGAGUCGCCUUGCGUGCCCUGGCUGCGCAAAAGGACAACAGUGCCCAGGACCGGCUCGAUCUCGAGAAGGUGCUUGCAAAAGCCGAACGGGUGCUGGAGGACAAGAACACGGUGGACGAGAUAAAAGCUCUCUUGGCAGGAGCGGAAAAGAUGUAUCCAGGGAAGUGGAGAUGUUCAGGGAAGAAAGACAAGUUGCAACAAGAACUGCGCGAGUUUGUGGAAGAGGGCAAAGCAGCCCUGAGGGGCUUGGAAGAGGACCUUGUCCUGGCGCGGCAGCGGCUGGGACUUGCGCUGGCGCAGCAAGAGACAGCCCAACAGCAGGUUGAGAGCGCCCAGGAGCAGGUGGCGACGGCCCAGCAGCAGGUGGCAAUGGCCCUGCAAACAGGCAACGCUGAGGAGGUGCAGGAGGCGAAGAAGGAGGUGCAGGAGGCGAAGAAGGAGGUGCAGGAGGCGAAGAAGGAGGUGCAGGAGGCGAAGAAGGAGGUGCAGGAGGCGAAAAAGGAGGUGCAGGAGGAGUCCGAGGAGGACCCAGAUGCCACGGCGUUCAUCCAGGAGCUGGUCAAGGCCAAGCUCAAGGACCUCGGCGAAGGCGUGCAGGUCUUCGACCUCAAGGAGUGCCUGCCCGCAAGGCCCUAUGACCUGAGCGGGAGGAAGCUGCUGACGCGGAACACGACGCGCCAGGCCUGGAAGGCCACCUUCGAGCUGAUGAAGAACGGCACGGAGCGCGUGGCCAUGCUGGGGAUCCCCGGCAUCGGCAAGAGCCGGUCCCUGGCGCUGGGCCUGUGGCACCUGGUGUCGGGCCACCGCCCGGACUGGAUCAAGGAGCCCGAGGCCGUCGUCUUCGAGGCGUGGGAGGGCGGCUUCGUUUUCGUCUUCACCAAGAACAAUGACGGCCGUUGGAAAGCGCAGAGCCUGCCGAUUGGCAAGUGGGAUGCAAGCGACUGCAAGCACCUGCAGAACAGCAACAACUGGUACCUCGUGGACGCCUGGGAGAAGCGCCCCACGUAUAAGCUGCGUGCCAAGACGGUGAAGGCCUGCAGACCCGACAGGGAACACUACUCGAAUUUCAUCAAAGAUGGUGGAGAGUGUGUCUACAUAGAGGCGUGGAGAGAGCAGGAGUUGCAGGUGGCCCAUGGCAGUUUGGCGACGGCAGUCACCAUGAGCACAGUGCUUGAGAGGUUUCGACUGGUUGGAGGCACACUACGCAUCCUUCUGGCUUCAGAAAAAGCCUAUGCAAAAGCCAUCGCUCUGCAGGAUUCCGAGGCGAACGACUUUGCCACCGUGCAACGUGCUUUAUGUGGAGAUCUGGACACCAUGGGGACGAAGCUGCCGAGCAGACUUUUCACAUACCUUUCUGUGGACGGGACUUCUUGCGAAGUCGCUGUGUGCUCCGCCGGGGUGAGAAGGCUUCUAACACGUAAGCACUAUGCCGAGCUUGUGAAUUUGUGGAAGGACGGAAGCGACCCAAAAUCACGAUGUUGGCUGGAAGAUUUUGUCGGGGCUUGGCUAACCACGUCUUGGUGUCGCAAGCGGCUGGAGACCUGGGAAAUAACGAAAGCAGGAAAAGCACAGGCCUCCUGGACGCACAAGAAGGGCAAAGAUUUCGUAGUUCCUGGCGGUUUGGAAUUGCUGCAGAGCGAUUCCGAUGACACUUUCGAGCGCAGAUGGCUUCAAGUCAUGAAAGGCGACCUGGCAAAAUCUCUUCUGCGCAGCCCAGAGCUGUAUCCAGGCAUCGACUACCUGCUUGACUUCAACCAUGGCAUCUCUGUGACAAAUUCCCCGCACCACAGCAUCAAACCGACAUUGUUACAGAGGCUGCGUGACAUGUUUAAAGGCUGCAAGGGACAACACAAUUUCACCCUCUCUUUUUGGGUGACAGGAGACCCGCAGCAAUUCAAUCCGAAGUCAGGUGCAGAGUUCAACAAUUUGAUGGCGUUGGCGCAAGGGAGAGGCAGAGUGUUCCGGAAUGUGUAUGUACAGGUCGUGCAGAUUCCAAAAACGCUGGACAGAGUGUCACAAGCCUGACAUCCUGAAGACAGUGCGGAAUGUGUUGAUCAUGCAGUGCAUGGGGCGCCGAGAUCAGAUUUCAGAUUGCGUUC